ACGGAGUUUGGUUUUCGUUAGAGGUCACCUCUCGUGGGAAACGCGGGUCGCACGUAGUGAAAUUUGAACGUUUGAAACCGGUGUUAAAAUUUGCAAGAGUACUUUUAAACAUUUUCUGAUAAUUUUAUAAAUUUAAAUUUAAUUUCUUUGACAUCUUAAAAUGGCUUUAAAUAAAUUAAGUAUUGAUGCUCUUGAUUUGAAAGGUAAACGCGUGUUAAUGAGGGUGGACUUCAAUGUACCAAUCAAAGAUGGAGUUAUUACAAAUAAUCAGAGAAUAGUAGCUGCUUUAGAUUCUAUAAAAUAUGCUUUGGACAAAGGAGCAAAAUCUCUUGUUUUAAUGAGCCAUUUGGGGCGGCCAGAUGGACAGCGUAAUGAGAAGUAUUCCUUAAAGCUUGUUGCUGAUGAAUUGAAAAAACUCCUUGGAAGGGAUGUUUUGUUUUUAUCUGACUGUGUUGGUUCCGAAGUUGAAGCAAAAUGUGCUGAUCCUCCUAGUGGAACCGUCAUUUUAUUGGAAAAUCUGCGAUUCCAUAUUGAAGAAGAAGGAAAAGGUAUUGAUGCUAGUGGAGCUAAGGUAAAAGCCAAACCAGAAGAUGUUGCUGCAUUUCGUGCUUCCUUAACAAAAUUGGGGGAUGUUUAUGUUAAUGAUGCAUUUGGCACUGCUCACCGGGCACACAGUUCUAUGGUUGGAGUUGAUCUUCCACAGAAAGCUUCAGGCUUUUUAAUGAAAAAGGAGCUGGAAUAUUUUGCCAAAGCUCUUCAUAAUCCUGUGCGACCAUUCCUUGCAAUUUUAGGAGGUGCAAAAGUUGCCGACAAAAUUCAGUUGAUUGAAAAUAUGCUGGACAAAGUGAAUGAGAUGAUAAUUGGAGGAGGAAUGGCUUUCACUUUCCUGAAGACUUUGAACAACAUGGAGAUUGGCAGUUCUUUGUAUGAUGAAGAGGGCUCAAAAAUCGUUGGGAAUCUCAUGGAAAAAGCUAAAAAGAAUGGUGUUCAGAUACAUCUUCCUGAGGAUUUUGUGACUGCUGAUAAAUUUGCUGAAGGUGCAGCAACUGGGACUGCAACUGUAGAAUCUGGUAUUCCAAAAGGAUACAUGGGAUUAGAUUGUGGACCAAAAAGUGUAGAACGUUUUUGUGCUGCUAUUGGUAGAGCGAAAACAAUUGUAUGGAAUGGGCCUGUAGGUGUUUUUGAAUGGGAUAACUUUGCCAAAGGUACAAAAGCUGUUAUGGAUAAGGUUGUAGAAGUUACAAAAUCUGGUGCAACGACGAUCAUUGGUGGUGGGGAUACUGCAACUUGUUGUGCCAAAUGGAAAACAGAAGACAAAGUCAGUCAUGUCAGCACUGGAGGAGGUGCAAGUUUAGAACUUUUGGAAGGUAAAACUUUGCCCGGAGUUGCUGCACUAUCUGAUGCCUAAAGUUUCUGGUGUUCUAGAAUAUUUUCAUGUUGAGUCUUUUCAAACUUUCCUAUGUGUAAAAUAACUAUCAUUACCACAAAAUAAAGAGAAUAUUUAUGUUCAGUAUUAUUCAUGUUGGUGUUUUAAAAAUAAAAUUUUGUUUUGCCUUUUUGCA